CGUUUCCUCAAAUAGCCCGUGUUGGCUUUCACCGUUAAUGUACGUGACGUGUUAACAGUUGAUUGAUAUGGACUCGCUGCUUUACAUUCAUUGGCAAAAAUGAACGACUUGAGGCGUGACUGUAAAGGAAUUGGACAACACCAUGAUGACAACGUUUUCUUCACGUUUCUCAUCGCAGUAGCCAGAAGUAGACGAUAGCAAACGAGCAGCAUGGCACAGCAGCAAUUUCUCUGCUGUAAAACCUGACGACAGCACCUGCAAGUGAUCAUCACCAACUAAUAAUUCAAAAAUAUCGACAUGAUGAGAUGCAACCUAAUGACCUGAUUCGCAUAUAAAGCAAACCUGAGCAUUAACUGGGAGUACGACGAGUCUCGUUCGCUCGAAGAUUCCUUCGCGAGUUUUACAAGAAAGCCCUUACGACCACCAGGAUAGAGAGUGCGGUGGAAUAAACUUACAGGAAAGUACAUACACAAGUUGAAGCGUGAUCAAGACACGGAGUUGCAGAAAGCAAUCCAUCCGCACGUAUGUAAAGAUAUCCGAAACGCAACUGUAUACUUCAUUAAGAUUCACAUCGACACUGAACUGAACAGAAGAAAACUACUUAAUGGAAAUCACUUCGAUAAUUCUACGAAAGGGACAGAAAUAACGACUACCUGCCAUAACAGGACACUAUCGAAACAGAACAAAGCCUUUCAAGGUGAAGAGUGUAAGAGUUUUCUCUUCCAGAAUAGAAGAAACGACACUACAAGUACAAUUCCGCUAAGGUCUGUACGAUAAUGAUGAACUUAACAAACAUUACAAAUUGUACUUCAAGUUGUACACAAACCGUGGAAUCAUCGACAGAGAAAAUAAUGCGUUACGUCAUAUGCGUAUCAUUGGUAAUAAUUAUCGUUAUUUCCCUCGUUGGUAAUGCAAUGGUAUGUAUAGCUUUCAAACUCAAUGCCCAUUUACGGACCAUAUCGAAUUGGUUCAUUUUGAGUUUAGCAAUCAGUGAUCUCCUGACGACUAUAUUGGUAAUGCCUUGGGAUUUGGACGCUAUCUUAAAGAAAGGCCAUUGGCCGUACGGGAAAACAUUGUGUAAAAUCUACACAACCGGUUACCUCAUCUCAGCUCCGGCUUCCACUCUGAACCUCCUGGCGGUGAGUAUAGACCGAUUUAGGAUGAUACGCGAUCCAUUCACGUACAGAAGGCAGACUACACCAUUUCGUGUAUUUAUUGUGAUCAUUUGUAUAUGGACGUAUUCUAUAAUCAUUGCUUUUCUACCAAUCAUGGGUUGGAACGAUUCCGAACCUAGGCUCAAGGAUAACUUAUGUGAGUUUGACAUAACAUGGCGCUAUUCCAUUAUGGUGUCUUUUUUUAAUUUCGUCAUUCCACCGUUGAUAAUGACCGUUACAUAUUUCAAAAUUUACCGAAUCGCCAAGGGUCAUAUACAAAGAAUUCACAGACUGGAGAGCGUUACUUUGAACGGCAAAAUAGACUUGAAGGAAUCGAUCAAUUUGGAUUGUCGAAAACAUCAACUGCAGGAUCAUGUAUCCAAGAUAACAAACGAUGAAUUGUUCAUGCAGGAUAAGAUCGAUACUAAAUCCAACGCAAAAAUGCUUUCCCCGGACAACGGUAAACAUGGCAGCAACACGAACCCAGAAAUUCGAAGUCGAAACAAGAAGAGAAAACGUAAAUCUCGAUCGUUUUCAUUUAUAAACGGCAACUCGUUGUUACGAAAAAACGUCAAGGCCGCAAAAUCCCUCGCAAUAAUUGUUGGUGCGUUUUUUAUAUGUUGGUAUCCUUUCACCAUCAUGAGUAUGGUACUAAACGCUUGUCAACGCUCUAACGUAACGUGCGUUAUGCCACCGAUGUAUGUGGAACAGUUGCUUCUUGCGUUUGGUUUCCUCAACAGCGCACUAAACCCGUUUCUUUACGCGUUUCAUAAUAAAGAGUUCAAAAAGACUUACAAACGCAUGUUCAAGGUGCAAUUUAGCCAAAGUGUUCAACAAUGAUGAUAUACCAGUCCCAGCAUCAACAUUUUGUAGCCGUUAAAAACAUUCUUAUAUCAACAAAAGAACUUAGGAUACCUUCUGUAAAACGACCGACAAUAUAAAUCUCUACAUGACGUACUACUUGCUUGAAAGAAUCCGCAUUAUUUAACUGAACUAAAGAAUCGUGAACUGCAAGCAAGCGCACUGUUUCACAAAAAAAACAAUGAUGGUUUAUCCCUCGUGCAACCAGUUAAUAACCACAGAGAUUUCUGUUACAUGCAAAAUUGCCAAGUUGAAAAUAGUCAUAACACGACAAUCCAUAUUUUAAACUGAAGAUGAUGCUCUUGUUUACACACUUUAAGUUUGAAAACCUAAUUUUAGUUAGUUGUCCGUGGAUAACCGUGGCACAGAAUAAUGAUUAUAAUUCUUAUUCUGUGACCGUGGUUGGACGAUAAAAAAACAAGCAAAUAAGCCAUUAAAAAAAACAAGAUGUUUCUAAAUAUUAUUGAUAGUAAUAAUAAAUAUUAUGAAAGAUUUUAAAGUUCCACAGUGGCAUCAUAGCGAAAUGCUGAUUGUGACCCAAUGGUCACACAAGGCAUUUGAGAAUCAUAACUAUUUCUAAUGAGACACUAAAACAAAAUAUCACACGUCAUGAUGACGAGUCAAACACUAUUGACGUCAUUAACUUUCAUUUCAUGCUUGAGUAAAAUAUUUAUAUAAGGAAGUAUAUAUAACCCGGUUUUAACGAGUAUUUUAUUGUAAAUAUCAUUGAACUAUAAAUAACAAUUGUAUGUUUACAUUACGUGUGAAGCAGGCUAGAUUAUAUCUAUAUUAUACUAUAUCUUCAAAA